CUCCAGAAACAAUCUUCAUGAUUUCAUUGUUAUUAACAUUCAGUACUUUCAAAUUCUUCAAUUCAGAUAUAUCUUUUGGUAUUUCGGUUAUCUUGUUAUUCUGUAGGUUAAGUUCUGUAGUCUUAGGGUCCAAAGGUUUCGGUAAUUCGGUCAGUUCGUAUCCAGAACAAUCUACAAUGUACUUGUUGGUGUUUCCCUCUAUGUUGCAGACACAUGGUUUAGGACACGCGUGUUCUUCUGAUUCGGCCGCUGGUACGAUAUUUGUCAAAGAUGUCAAUUGCACGUCGUCUAAUAAUAGCGCAGAUGUCUCAGUACUUGACUCAAGUGGCUCUUCGAUAACUCCUGCCCCACUACCCUCUAUAAUGCCACCAUCAGCUUCGGGAUGAUUGUCGGGAGGAAACUGAUUGUCAUUUUCAACAGGAAUGUGUAACUCAUCGUCACUUUGAGCUAUUGUACUCCUGGAAAUUGAUAUUAAUGCAGUAAUGACAUGUGACUUUAUCGAAUUUAUCGUAAGGUGACGCAAAAUUGUUAUAAAUAAGUAGGUGAUAAAAUCGCGAUAAGUGUAUGUACUACAAGGGCGUAACUAGCACACUGUCUUAAACUUUGAUUGAUAGAAUGAAAAUAUACCUACGUUUAGAGUUAGAUAUCAAGGACUUAAAUGUCUAAAUAGGUACUAAUGGUAUUAUGCUACUUUCUGCCUAACAAACAAUUUCUGGUAAUUUUAAAUUUUUUGAUUUAUUUUAUCUGUUAAAAAAUAUAAAAAAUACACUUUUCCACAAUGUGUAAUUAAGUCACUGUUAGCUUAACGAAUAUAUUUCGCAUGGAAAAUAUGUCAAAAUAUAUGUCAGUUACGCUAAAUCAACGCCGUGAAAUGGGCCUUGAGUUAUUACAAUUAGUAAGCUGCACGGUAUUUUCUUUGGGCGUUUGAAUAAGAAAAUGGACGAGUAUGUUAGAAAAUAUUUUGCCAUGGUUUUGUUUGUAGUUAACAUAUGGUAAACAAAAUAUACGAAUUAGUUAAUUUUGUAUACGGGUCUCUAUUGAUAGCAGAUACUGUAAGGGAAUUCGAUUGUUCAAUCUCGUUAUAGUACAGAUAAGUAGGUAUCUAUCUGUAGGUGGAGGCGAAUAAAAAUAUAAAAUCCAAUGAAGGUUAAAUAAAACAAAUAAUAAAUAUGUACUUACGCAAAUAGAGCCAACAAUAGCAUGAAAAGAUGUUUCGACGUCAUGGUCACUCUCAAAUACUAACAGCACUAGUAAAAAUGUGCCAAUUGACUUCAGGAGUUGUUACCUGUUGUGGCACAAGUACCAGCGUACAGUACAGCACAUAACUCACUGACACUUAUAACUAUUAUCACUCAAUGAUAAGAUUAUAAACGGCAUGGCAGCUUAUCGCAAAUCAACCACGAUAACGACGCUCUGCAUAAACGAGAAAAUAUUAGGUGGCCGAUUUUCAAUAUCACCUUCGACCAACAAAUAGCACGCAAUGGAUGAAGUUACCUAUGGUUAUGUUUACACAGUUAUAUGUGUAAAUGAUCGCGCCUGAUACACGACGACGGUCUUCAUUAACUGCCAGUUGCUAAUUCUACAAAUACACAAAACCGCCUAUGUUAAUUAUAUAUUGGAAGUCGAAUUGCAUCAAAUUCACCUCGAGAUCCUUACAUAAUCACUUUGCUCAUAAGUAGGUACGGGCAAAAACGUUUCACUUUUGAGAACAAUGCCGGAAAUCCAUCACAAUAACGAAUAUUUAUAAGAAAAACACAGAAUUAUCGAACUUCACACGAAAACGCACACGUACACUACGUUAUCUCUGCUUCACUGAUGUUACUGGUACUUUGCUGAUGGUUCAUGUCUAUAAAUUUCUGUAUUCUGUAAAGUUUAAUGUUAUACAACACAGCUGUUGGUUUUACUUAUGUGAUGUGUAAACUACGAAUAUGACACGAUACCUGCGUCGCUUCGGAGUACUGCAAUGGGGGAGACUUGGCGGACUAUUUGCAAGCGAACCGCCUGCUCAGUGAAAGCACCAUUCGGCUGUUCCUGCGACAGCUGGCGGAAGCGAUGCGGGCUAUCCACGCUAAGGGUAUAGUGCAUCGAGACCUGAAGCCGCAGAACAUCCUCCUCACACAUAAUGUCGCACCGCCACGCACACCUCAUGCCUCGGAAAUAACUCUUAAAAUUGCCGAUUUCGGCUUCGCAAGGUUCCUUGAAGAAGGAAAUAUGGCCGUCACGCUGUGUGGUUCACCGAUGUAUAUGGCGCCAGAAGUAAUAAUGUCACUGAAGUAUGACGCUAAAGCUGAUCUCUGGAGUCUGGGCACGAUAGUGUACCAGUGUCUCACUGGCAAGGCUCCUUUCCAAGCCACAACACCACAUGAACUGAAAGCAUUCUACGAGAACAGCGUCGACUUGCAACCUAAAAUGCCAGCAGGCACAAGUCCUGAGCUCUGCAGCUUGCUAAUUGGUCUGCUUCGACGAAAUCCUCGUGAGCGAAUGCCCUUUGAAGCUUUCUUCAACCACGCUUUCUUACAACGGCCACGGACCAGUUCCAUUAACAGAGUGACUGUGACCCCUUCCGUGCCGGGGACGGGAGGGACGGGUGCAGUAGGCUCAGCGGGCACUAGCGCGGCAGCGCGACCUUCCUCGGCGCCGCGCAGCUCCAACGCUUCGCAAGCGCAGGCGCUUCCCACUCUUCAGACAUACAAGAAAUCACAGCCGACAUCCUCCGCCGAGUCGUCAGACACGACCUGGGCGGGCGAGGACGACUUCGUGCUGGUGGAGGCGACGGAGAGUGGCUCGGCGGAGUACUCGGGCGCGUCCUCGGGCUCCGAGGCGGCGCCGCGACCGCGCUCCCUGGCUCUGGCCGGCGCUACGCCCCCCGCCACUGCACCCCCGGCCUCGGCGCCACCCACACAUACCUACACCGCUCCACCACCGGUUACCGUCAACAGGAAUCCACUCGCCGUAACAUCUAACAAUAACGUACCACGAUCACAACCCAUCGACGUGCUUCGAUCGAACUACAGCCGUAACGCUACCAACAUCGGCUCGCUUUCACCACCCACUGUGCCGUUCACAAUGACGCCGCCGUCGACUCGGCGCCGCAGCAGUAACUCUGGCAGCUCGCCGCCUCCCUCGCUGUGGCAGGUCUCUCCCACCAAUGCCAGUCCUCUGCGCAGAUCAGGCUCGUCUCCGCCGGUGUCGCUGGCGCUGAAGGCGAGCGGAGAGCUGGCGGGCGGCGGCGGGGCCAGCUCGCCCAAGCGGCAGGCGCUACCCGACGCAUUGCUCCGCGGCAUCAAGCUGCACCAGCCACCCGACCCGCCCGUCUACAUACCCAACUUGCAAGAGGAGACCAUCCUCGCGGAGGAGCACAGCAAAGUAUUCUCUCAGCUGAACUUCGUGUUGAUGUUGGCGGAGCUGCUGUCGGACCUGGCCGUGUCGUGCGGCGCGCCCAUCGCCGCGCUCAUGGACGUGUCGGACGAGCGCACGGGCGCGCGCGUGCGGCUGGGGCUGCUGGUGCAGGCCAUGCAGGCGCUGGCCGCCGGCCUGCGGCUCGCCGCCGCGCACUACCGCGCCCGCACGCUGCAGCCCACGCCGCAAGUAAGGAACGUUGUAUCCCUCAUGAACGGAAAAUACAAGUGGAUUGUCAAUGAAUCGAGGAGGCUCCAUGAGGCAGGAGUUACCCCUGCUGUCUGCGACAAAAUCCUCUACGAACAUGCGAUUGAAUUGUGUCAAAUGGCGGCCAUCGAGGAGUUGUUCGGCGAUAUGAAAGAAUGCGAGCGACGCUACAUGUCUGCGCAAGUGUUGCUACACUCGCUCGUACAGCGCCACCCACUGCACCCGCAGCACCGCACUACGCUGUCCAAGUACCGAGACGCCGUACAACGACGACUGAACUGCCUCAAGGGGCCGCGUAAAAUAAUGGAUGUAAAACUUGAGGCCGGGAUCUCAUAAUGCAGCGCGCAACCCAGGCGUAGGAGUAAGCGGACGUGAUGCAACAUGAAAAGUGAUUUUAUUUUGUUCUCAAAAAUGACUCGGUGAGAAUCAAAAUACUAAUUAAUCAAAAAUGUAUAAAAAUAUAAAGUGAAAAAUAUCAAUUGAAAUCAUUGUAUACAAUCGUUUAGCAAUGACGAAAAAUGAACAUUACAAUAAAUAAAUCGCAAUAGUGAAUUAUAUUUUUUAUAUUCAGUACAUUUCACAAAGAAGUUCUUAGUAGAUAUUAUUGAAAUUAUGUUCUAUACCUUAUUUAGCACAGCAAAACGCAAAACUAAAGUUUAAUAGAUACUUAUUUACCCACUACGAAUAACAUCUAAUUUAGGAUGUCUACCUUACUACUACCUAAAUGAGGUAUAGUAUGAUAAAAAGAUGAUUCAUUAAACGCUUUGAAAUGAAUAUAAAUAUAAAAUAUAGUUUCAUAGAUGUGUGUCUAGAAUUCCUUUUAAAUAAAAAUGGUUGUAUCAUUUAGUGAGGUUUGAAAUUUUAGUACUAAGCACUUUUCACUUGAAGUAGCAAACUGUUCUACAUAAAUAUAAAUAAUAAGAAAUAUAUGAGUUAUUUUUUCCAGUCAUCUACAUUUUAGUGAAUUAAAUAGGCAUAAGAUAGAAAACGUAGUAUUGUUUCUGAUUAAGUCUCACUAACAUUUUAUUAUUACCAACUUGUAGUUGAUCAUGUAAAAUGAAAAUUAUGAAGUAAUUAUGUCUCGGUAUAAAUAUAAUGCUAUAGAGAUCUCAUUGACGACCAAUAACAAUAUUAUGGCAUUUUUAGGCUAAGCUACGAAAUAUGAUUUGAAAGUAUUUUCCUUAUAAUGAAAGAUUGUAUGAUUGAAUGAAUUUUAGUAUAUUUUAAUUCUCCUUGUUUAUUUUGCCCAUAUUGUGAUCCUGAAAUGUAUUUCCUCCUCUCAAAUGUCUACUGCUUUACUGAAAUAAGAAUAAAGACUGUUGUAUUAUAAAAUUAAUUUGUGUUGUUUUAAUAAAUCUUAUUUGUAAC